GUCACACUAGCGUCACCUACUCGAGCGACGAAGUGUCCAUGUCCAAAGAGAAUUCCGUCGACCCGGCAUCUCACUCGCAAACCAUUGAGACGAGUCCGCCGACACAAGUAGAACCGACGCUGACGGUCCGAGAUCCUCCAGAGCCCGAACCUAAAGUGGAAGAGGCAAAAGAACCGACCGCUUUCGAUCUGUUGUCCGAUAUCGACUUCUCUGUUGAACAGAUGCCUCUGACGCCGGAAAUUAAGGUUCCGCCAGUGUCUGAAAAGGCUAUCGUAAAAUCUUCGGCUAUCCGCAGAGAAGAAGUAGUGAAACCGCAACCCAAAGAAGAGGUUAUAGAGCGACCUCCCAAAAGGGAUAUUUUUUCAGACCCAAGUUUAAUAAAUCAAUUCACACAGGAGGUGAAAAACUUACAAAAAUUGACUGAUUACUUAACAAAUACUUCACCUAGUGUUUUAGAGGCUAAUUUGAAAAGCUCACAAGACUUAAUAGAUAAAGAGGAUAAAAACAGAUCGAUCAGGAUAGCUAUGCGGCAUUCUCGUAAUGGAGAGUCGGAUGUAGAUCCUUAUGACGACACUAAACUCGCUCUCAAGUCUGAUCCUGACGCCUAUGUAAACGCCUCUUAUUAUAAGCAAUUGACGUCGUGGUGCAUGCCACUAGUGAUCGCGGAAUGUCCAGACGAGUCGGAAAUAGAAAUCUUCUGGAAAGCCAUGUUCGAAUACGAUGUCAGCUGUAUUGUCUGUUUACAAACUGAAAUCGAAAUGCAAAGCGCGUCGCAGCGGGCGUACUGGCCGGCGGGCGCGGGCGGGGGCGCGGUCGGGGGCGCGGGCGCGGGCGCGGCGCUGGCGGCGGGCGGCGUGCGCGUGGCGCUGGCGGGGCUGCGGCGCGCCGCGCACUGGGCCGAGCGCGAGCUGCGCCUGUCCGCCGGCGCCGCCACGCGCACGCUCACGCACUACCAGCUCACCGCCUUCCCCGACAAGGUGACGUGCUCGCCGCUGGUGAUGCUGUGCGACGCGGUGUGGCGGCAGAGCGGCGCGGGCGCGGGCGCGGGGGGCGGCGGGGGCGCGGGGCGGGCGGUGUGCGUGCAGAGCGGCGAGGGCGCGGGGCGCAGCGCGCUGGUGGCGCUGCUGCUCGCCGCCAUGUGCCAGCUGCGGGCGGGACACAUACAGCUCUGCGAGCUGGCGCAGCGCGGCGCGGCGCGGGUGGCGGCGCCGGCGCACGCGCAGCCCCGCCUCGCGCGCUCGCUGCUCUACUACGCGCAGGGCGUGCUCUGCUCUGGUACAACGAUGUUCAACGGCGAGGCGGUGUCGGCCCCGAGCGGCGCGGCGGCACUGCCCCCCGCCCCCGGCCCGGCCCCCGGCGCCGGCCCCGGCCCAGCCCCCGCCCCCGCCCCCCCGAGCGGGGGCGCGCGCGGCAAAUUCAACCGCGAGUCGUUCGAGGAGAUGCGGCAAGCUCCCGGCCUCAAGAGCGGCGACAUGAAGGACCCGCUCAACUUCCUCGACCCUCUUUGGAGCCUCAAGAAGAAAUAACCUGAUCGAGGGACAUCAAGUAAAAACCGAUAUACGAUUAAAAUAUUCGAAUCAAAUAUAAUCUACAUAAAAUUAUAAAUCUAUUUAGUAUUUUAAGUUUCGAUAUUAUACGACUAGAUGUUUUAGGAAAGUUUGCUAUUUUUAAUUUAAUCAUUCUCUCAUGCAAUACUGAUAAUCGUAGACAUUCCUUAUCCAUAAUAUAAUAAUGUAAUUGGUAUAGCUUACAUAAGAUAGCGUUAGCAUCUAUCGAUAGUUACGUUACUCCUUACGUUAUGGCCGAUAAACAAAUUUUUUGUGGCCUCAGACUGCGAAUGGUAUUAUUGUACUUUAAUAAAUACAUAUUUAAUU